CACUUUGUGGAUAAAACCCCCUUCUCUCUCUCUCUCUCUCUCUCUGGUCGAGGGUUUAAGGUUCUGCCGAAGCCAAAAGGUCUAUAUUUUAUCUGUGAAUCGAUUCGUAUUGUCGAAUUGUUCGUUUGUUCAAUCCGCCACUUCUUCGAUUUCGGUGAAAUAUUUAAAGUAAAAAAAAAACAGCAGAUAUGGCGAUGGCCAGUUCUGCCAUGUCACCGCCGAUGGCGAUGAAUAAAAGCAAUAAAACGCAAUUUAGAACAUCAAUUGCUGCUCGGAAGCAGUAUCAGACGAGUACGGGUAUAAGAGCGAUGAAGAUCGAGAAGACAUUGGAGGAGCUCUAUAGUAUAAAAGUUGAAAGGAAAGUGUCGAAGGAGCGGCUGUCGGAGCUUGGUGUGUCGAGAUGGUCGGUUUGGAAAACGGGAAAGUGUAAGCUUCCGUGGGACUGGCAAGUUGACCAGCUCGUUUAUAUCGAGGAAGGUGAAGUUAGAGUUGUGCCUGAAGGGAGCGAGAGUUUUAUGAGUUUCGUUGCUGGUGAUCUUGUUCGAUACCCUAAGUGGUUCGAAGCUGAUCUUCACUUCAAUGAUUUCUAUCAAGAACGCUACAAGUUCCGAGCUUACGGUGAUGACUAGUUCAUCUUCUUUCGUUUUUCUUUUAGCUUUAUUUGGCCGAGAUUUAUGUAGAAGAAUCUAUGUUGUUGUUGUUGUCUACUUUUUUUGAAGGUUAUUAUUAGAUUCAAGUGAAAUAUGGCACUAUUAUUAGUAUGUGACAUGUUAAUUAGAUUCUA